CCAAUGAAAAGAAUAUUAUAACACCCCCUUCAUCAAUAUCUGAGCCUGCCUUUGACUGUCAAACCCCAAACUCAUCAUCCCCACCUUUACUCUUUCUUCUUCCUUGUCUUCAUAAUACAACCAAACAACACACAAUACGUAAACAGACUCUUUCCCCUCUUUCUCUCUCUCUCUCUUACACAAUCUCCCCCAAAUUGAAAACCCAAGUUCUUGGAUUUUCUGACCCAGUUUGCAAAAACCCUUUGUUCUUUGAAGCAAUUGUGAAGCAAUCUUGGCUGUGUUGGUCAACUUUUUGUCAAAGUUCUUAUCUUUUUCAUCUGAUUGGUAAGGCAUCAACCUUGCUUCUGCAGCUGAAACAGAAUCAGGGGAAGACUGAAUUAUUCUUCUUAAUAUUCAGUUUAAUGGCUUCAGUGGGUGUAGCUCCCACUUUGGGAUCAAGGGAACCUAGUGGAAAUAGUGUUGCAGUUGAUAGGUUGCCUGAAAAAAUAAAUGACAUGAAAAUUAGUGACGACAAGGAAAUGGAAGCAACCAUUGUUAAUGGUAACGGGACUGAGACAGGUCAUAUUAUUGUGACAACUAUUGGUGGUAAAAACGGCCAGCCAAAGCAGACGAUAAGUUAUAUGGCAGAGCGUGUCGUUGGGCAAGGAUCUUUUGGAGUAGUAUUCCAGGCAAAGUGCUUAGAGACUGGUGAAGCUGUUGCAAUUAAAAAAGUUCUUCAAGACAAGAGGUACAAGAAUAGGGAGCUGCAGACUAUGCGUGUUCUGGAUCAUCCAAAUGUGGUCGCUCUUAAACAUUGUUUCUUUUCAACAACUGAAAAGGACGAGCUUUAUCUUAAUUUGGUAUUGGAGUUUGUGCCAGAAACGGUACAUAGGGUGAUCAGACACUACAACAAGAUGACCCAACGAAUGCCUAUGAUUUAUGUAAAGCUGUAUAGUUACCAGAUUUUGAGAGCAUUGGCUUACAUCCAUGGUAGUAUUGGAGUAUGCCACAGGGACAUCAAACCCCAGAAUUUGUUGGUUAACCCACAUACUCAUCAAGUGAAACUGUGCGACUUCGGAAGUGCAAAAGUCUUGGUAAAAGGGGAGCCAAACAUUUCUUACAUCUGCUCUAGGUACUACAGAGCUCCUGAACUUAUAUUUGGCGCUACAGAAUACACUUCAGCCAUAGAUAUAUGGUCUGCUGGUUGUGUUUUGGCUGAGUUGUUGCUUGGACAGCCCCUUUUCCCUGGUGAGAGUGGAGUGGACCAACUUGUGGAAAUCAUAAAGGUUUUGGGAACACCGACAAGAGAAGAAAUCAAAUGCAUGAAUCCCAAUUACACAGAGUUCAAGUUCCCUCAGAUUAAAGCUCAUCCAUGGCACAAGAUAUUCCACAAACGCACACCACCAGAAGCUGUUGAUCUUGUUUCAAGGUUGCUGCAGUACUCUCCAAACCUCAGAAGCACAGCUUUGGACUCUUUGAUGCAUCCAUUUUUCGAUGAGCUUCGUGAUCCAAACACCCGCCUUCCAAACGGACGAUUUCUUCCUCCCCUCUUCAACUUUAAGUCCCACGAGCUGAAGAAGGUUGCACCAGAGAUGCUGGGAAAACUCAUUCCAGAGCAUGCCAGAAAGCAAAGCGCAUUAUUCACUUAAUAGGCUUUCCGCAAUGUCAUAUUCGUACACAAUAUGUGCUCCUUAUCUAAAGAUGAUGCCUUAACAUUUUCUUAGUCAUAAUGCCGGUUUUCCCUGUAAUAUAUGUAUUUAUUUAUUUUCUUUCUUUUUUAUAACAGAAUUAACACCAAGUAAUUCUGCUGGAGAGUAUCCUGACCUUUAUUUCUAACAAUUGACAGAUUUAUAACCAUUAUUAAGCCAA